AUGUUAAACAAUUACACUUACAAUUUCUUCUCAUUCACUUUAUUCUCUAGUACUCAGUUACACUCAGUCCAGCAGAGAAUUGGAUACUGUCCUCAAUUCGAUGCUUUGAUCGAAAGACUCACUGGACGCAAGUUUCUGACAAUGUUUGCUAGAUUGCGUGGGAUUCGUGAAAAAGCCAUAAAAGGAGUUGUACAGUCUGUCAUUGAUCGAUUGGAUUUGUCUAAAUAUGCUGAUAAGAGAUGUGGAACUUACAGUGGUGGUAACAAGAGGAAGUUGAGUACAGCAGUUGCUCUUGUUGGUGAUCCUCCCAUAGUGUUACUGGAUGAACCUACCACUGGAAUGGAUCCUGCCACCAGGCGCUACCUUUGGAAUGUACUCAUUGAAGUUAUUAGGAAUGGAAGGAGCGUUAUAUUGACUUCUCAUAGUAUGGAGGAGUGUGAGGCUUUGUGUACACGUUUAGCAAUAAUGGUGAAUGGAAGGUUCAAGUGUCUUGGAAGCAUACAACAUCUUAAGAGCAAGUUUGGACAUGGUUAUACAUUGCAGAUUAAAGUGCGUCCAUUGCCACCACAAGAAGGAGGAGGACCUGGUGUAAGGCCUGGGGCUAGUCCUUAUGACACUGGACAAAUACAACACUUUGUUGGAAGCGUGUUUCCAGGAUCACUUCUCCUAGAACAACAUCAGGGUUCAGUUACCUAUCAAGUACCAUCUGAGGGUAUAACUUGGUCUAGGAUAUUCAGUACUGUUGAGCAUUAUAAGGAGAGUCUUAAUAUUGCUGAUUAUAGUGUGUGUCAGACCACACUGGAACAAGUUUUCAUUAAUUUUGCUCAAGAGCAGUAUGUUGAAGAUUAACUAUUGCAUAUAUUAACUAGCGUGUCUACAUUAACUUGCUGUGUAUUAAGUAUACAUGAUGUGCAUGUAGUUAGUUACUUUAAUUGCUAAUUCACUUCUAUUUGAUGUUUUGCUUGAUUA